AUUCUAGAGGGCCUUCUUAGAUUGCCAGAGAACAAAGAAUGUGCUGACUGUAAAUCUAAAGGGCCACGAUGGGCAAGUGUGAAUCUUGGAAUAUUCGUUUGCAUGCAGUGCUCUGGAGUUCACAGAAGUUUGGGGGUACACAUAUCAAAGGUAAGAUCAGCUACUUUAGACACAUGGCUUCCGGAGCAGGUUGCUUUUAUCCAAUCAAUGGGAAACCAAAGGGCAAAUGGUUAUUGGGAAGCUGAGCUGCCUCCAAACUAUGACAGAGUUGGAAUUGAAAACUUUAUCCGUGCAAAAUAUGAAGAGAGGAGAUGGGUGCCAAAAAAUGAAAAGUCAAAAGCACCUCCAAGGGAAGUAGAACUAAGGACGAGGAGCUCUCAGCUGAAUUCAACUGAGACAGGUGGGCAAGAAAUCACUAAUAAUGCAGAAUCUCCCAACAACUUGAAGAGCCUGCAGCCAGAGCAUUCAAAGCCAGUUAUAAUUGCGAUUCCCAAGUUACCAGGCCUGGUUCCCGAAACAAAAGUGAAAGCAAAGCCAAUUAUAGACUUGGAUGAGACCCAAAAUUCUGCAACAACAAUUAUUGCCUCUGCCUCUCCACCUUCAAAACUUGAACUUGCUACUGAUUAUUUUGACUUGCUUUCUGUGGAGAAACGAAGAAGUGAUAACGGAUAUAAAUCAUCCGCUGUUGAAGACGAUGGAUGGGCAGAUUUCCAGUCUGUAGAAGCAAAUGCUGAAGCAAAUGAAUAUGCUAUCAAGAAAGUAGCUGAAGAAACAAAUGCUACUGUCAAUGAAGAUGCUACCAAAGCAGUUCUUGAGAUUAAGCUUAAGUCUGCAUCGGACCUCGAGAACCUAUUUAAGGAUUCAUCAUCAGUGGCUGAAAUAUCAGGCCAGCAGAAGCCCAAGGAAAAUUUAAAGGAUGACAUUAUGAGCCUCUUUGAUAAGUCCAAGAUGGUUUCCCCAUUUGCCAUUCAUCAGCAGCAGCUUGUAUAUCUUUCUCAGCAGCAGGCUCUUCUCAUGGCUGCUGCAAAUUCUGAGGGCACACCUCCAACCUGUCCCGUCUCGACUCAGCAGCCAGGCGUUGCUAUUACUGGCACAUCCAAUUUUGCUUCCGCAGCAACAAAUUGGCUUAAUCCAAGUACCCAAAUUUCAAGAAUGACGCCUGUAGAUGGACAACAGGAUACUAACAAAUCUGCUCAGCUGGAUAGCAUUAUGCCAGUACAAUCAUCUGGGAACUAUGGAUCUUCUACAUCACUGUCUUCAGCAUCCGAUGCCAAUUCCACCACCAACAGCCGACGAGGAACUGACUUUGAUUUUUCAUCACUAACGGAAGGGAUGUUUUCAAAACAUUAAUGAGAAAAAUAACUUUGUUCUGUGUGCUUCUUUCCUGCAUCAGCAUUUUCAUACUUCUCGUUACAGGUAAAUGAAUCAACAACUUAUUAUAAUUUCUCUUCAUUUGUAUAUUCACCUUAAAUUUAAUAAAAUGUGCUUUAUUUUUCUAACA